AUGGCUGGAAGUAAUCGUUUAUAUGAAGUUAACUUGGUACUGACUGCUGACAACGAUCCAGAAUUAAGCAGACUUACUGAAUACAUUAGAAAAGAACGUUGCCCCAACUCUCAAGGGUCGUACAGAUUAGGUUCGUCACUAUCUGAUAUGGGUCAAUUUCACAAAGCUGAAGAAAUUUCUCAAGUUUUACUUGAUCAAACAAACGAUGAUGAGAAUAAGGCGUCUAUUUAUCAUCAACUUGGUAUGCUCAAACGAAAUCGUGGAAAAUAUGAAGAAGCACAUACAUUCUAUGAAAAAUCACUUGCUCUCUAUCAAAAAACUCUUCAUUCCAAUCAUCCUGAUUUGGCUUCUUCCUAUAACAGCAUUGGUGCAGUGCAUGACAGCAUGGAAAAUUAUCCGAAAGCACUGUUAUCUCUGGAAAAAACCCUUAAAAUUCAACAACAAUUACUUCCUUCCAAUCAUUCAACUUUACAACAACGAAGAAAGAAUCUCGAACAUGUUGAACUUUAUCGAAGUCCAUAUACAGGACGUGUUAAUGUUGAACGUGAAGUUGAUUUUAUUCCAAUAGGUAAUCAAUACUCUCAACCUAUAACUGGCAUUCCUGCUACUAUUCAUCAACAUUAUAUAAAUUAA